UCGUAGCCGAAGUCGUCGUGGUCGUCAUUCUCAAAGUACUUACACUCUGUCAGAUUCAACUCAAAUCCAAAGCAAAAGCAAAAGCAAACUACUAGUAGCUAAAUCUUCAAAGCAUUCUGAUUCCUCAGCUCAGUUGAAAUUCAUCGCGAUUCCUGAAACGUCUCUCGCUUUAAAAAAAAAAACAACCACAAAAACUGACGAUAGAGCUCCUUUCUUCAUUUAAAAUUUCGGUUCCUCUUCAUUUUUUACUGAAAAUAAGGUUUUUUUAUUGAUUUAAAUUUUGUACACAAUAAAACAACGAAACAUAAAUUAAUAAAACAAGAAAGAAAAUAGGGAUUUCUGUUAUGAUAUAAUAUUUCAAGGCGAGUGCAGUUUUCUGUUUCACUAAAAAACAAAAAUUUGCUUUAGACUUUCUGAGCUAAGAGAGAGAAGAGAGUGAAGUGUGAAAAUUCAAUAAUACAAAGUCCUAUAUAAAUUCAGUUGUUUUGUUGUUUUUGGGAGGACUUCGAGUGGGAAUGUUCGGGGAUAACCGCACUUUUUUAUAUCCCUGCAGAUAGAUGCACUUAAUGCGGUAAUGUCAGUGGGCCAAAAUAAACCACCCCAUCAUCAUAUCAAAUCAACCCCAUCAUCACACGGUGCGGUGUCGUCGGUCGGCAGCAAUAGUGGCAGUGGCAACGUUAACGGCGGCGGCGGUGGAGAUGAUGCAGCAUUAAAAGUGUUGUGAUUUUUGUUGUUUAAAAAAUAAAAUCAAUAAAAAAGAAAUUAAUUUGAAACUCUAAAAUAUUACUACAUCAAAAAAGAAAGAGAGAGAAAGGAAAGGAGUGGAAACAGGUCAACAUUUUAUUUAUAAGACAACAAUUACCUGAAUUGAAUAAGUAAUUGAUAAGUGACUAUAACAACAACAUCAAGUCUAAGUCCAUGUCCAAUUGAUUGAACUUAAUAAGACAUCGUUGCUUUUUUCUUUUAAUUAGAAGAAAAAUAAAAAUAAAAUACACAUUAGCCAGCGCAGUGGUUGAAAAAUUCAAUCACGACCCGGGUGUUACGAAAUCGGUCUUCCAAAAACGGUCUUUCUAUGUUUUAACUUUUCUGUAGCAUUUUUUUUGUUGGUGGUUUUAGAUAUUUUGUACUUUUCGCAUUCUUCUAUAGUUUCGACGGACGAACGAAGCGAUAUCUAGGUUCAAAUUAUAUGAAUAUUCAUUUGUCACCAACAGCAGCACCGCACAGCGCUACAUAUAAGCGUCUUGUAUGUGCGUCUAUUUUUAAUAGCCUCAAACUCAAACCAAACAAAAAUAAAAACUAAAUUGUUAAUUACAUAUUUCGACUUCAUUUGUUCUUCAUCGUCAUCAUCAUCAUUAUUAUCGUUACUCGCUGGUAAUAGAUACGAAUACGCGUAUUUUUGUUUUCUCUCAUUUUAAAAAUUUACGCGUAUUUACUGAAGUGUUGUAUUUUUGUUUUGUUUUUGAAGAGCGUUGACGCUUUUGUACGUUUUCAUUGAAUAUUGCAACAACGGAGAGUGAGACACACUGACCAACAAUAUACAAAUAUAUAAAUAAAAAGGUGCGGGCUGAGGAGGGGCUGAGCAAUGAAAUUGCUGUGCUUCCAUGAAUUUUUACAAAUUAAAUGAGAUCGAGCAAGACAUAUUGGCGCGCCAUCAGGCGGUAUUUUUUGUUCUUCACUGCUAUUGCAUUGUUACCGUUAGCAUUAGUGUAUUUGGUUACUAAUGAUCAAAUAUAUAAAAUUAAAGGAUUUGAGGGAUAUAAAAAGAAACCCUUCUCAGACAAUUCAUUUCGAUAUCCUUUAAUGCUGGUUGGACCAUCCAAGCAGCUGAGAGAGAUAACUGUUGGAAGUGCUAGGAAAAAGUUUCCAAAGAAAAAAGACUUUGUCAAUGAAACAAAAAUACCAAUCAUUCCCGAUGAUUCCAUACAAAGUUUAUCACAAAGCGAUAUGCUUAUGGUGGAACAGCGUAUGGACAAAAGGCGAAAACACUUGGCUGAGAAAUGUUCCGAACAUGGUUUAGAUUCAGCAGGAAACGAUUCCUGGCACAAACCUAAUCCAUGGGAGUUUUUAGUCAAUCACAAAUAUCAUAUUAUUUGGUGUAAUGUUUUUAAGGCGGCUUCAUCUUCUUGGAUGUACAAUUUCAACAUCUUAGCGGGAUACACGCCAGAGUUUCUAAGAAAAACAAAUGAAGUGCCAUUGGUUUUGGCAAGGAAGAAAUACCCAAGGGUAACACUGGAGGAGCUGCAAGAAGCACAAAAUGAUUCAAUUACGUUUAUAAUAGCAAGACAUCCUUUCGAGAGGCUGUUGAGUGCCUAUAGGGACAAAUUUAUGUAUGCUGUUCCACAUUCAUUUCACGAUAAACUAGGAAGCAAAAUUGUUCGAACUUAUAGGAAAAAGAAUAAAGUAGAUCGCCACACCCCCAGAUAUCCAACAUUUGCCGAAUUUGUUACUUGGCUACUUGAUGAGAUUCGUCGUAAUAAUUUCAUCGAUAUGCAUUUAGUACCAGCUUCGAAAUUUUGUACACCCUGUUUGAUAAAUUUCGAUAUAAUAAUCAAAUUCGAGACUUUGGAACACGAUCAGGUGUAUUUGAUCGAUAAGGCUCGUUUAAAACAUAUUAUUGCCCCGGAAUGGCGUAACUCUGGCAAGGGUAAAAAUACGCUGGAUCUCUUGCAAGCAUUCUAUUCACAAUUAACCCGCAAGCAAUUAGAUGGCUUAUAUGAAUAUUAUAAGUACGAUUUUGAAGUUUUCAAUUACAACGCAGCGCCUUACUUCAGUAUUGCCAAGAAAAACGAAGAAGAAACACCAAAUGCUUCAUAAAAAUAAAUAAUUAGACUCAAGUUUUAUUUUUUUUUAAAUAUCUAAUGUUAAUAAAAUAAUGGAAUUAUUAAAACCAAGGAUCAAUAAAAUAAAAUUUUCUAGUUAAAUUAUAAUAAUUAUUAUUUUUACUAACAUAAUAAAAUUGAUAAAGUAAUCGAAACAUAAAACUAAUAGAGCAGCGAUACUAUUUAUGUUUUGAAAAAUAUAAAUUUUCAAAAAUUAAAAUUUAAUAAUAUAUUGUAAUUUCUAUAUAAAUUGUUAAUUUCUGUUUUUGUAUUAAAAAACAAUUUUUAAAAAGAAUAGAAAAUGGAUAAAAGUUAAUCUUGUAGAUUAAUAGAAUUUUAAGUAAAAAAUAAAAUCAAACAAACAAGAAAAUGUAAACACAAGGUAUAAUAAUUAAAUAAUAAUCUUAGUUGAAUGAAACACCUAUUAACUGAUUGACAAAAAAACUGUAAAGUAGAAUAGUAUAUUAUUAUUAUUAAUGCAUAUAGAAACUUUAUAAUCUUAA